GAAUCUUUGUGAUAUGGUUGGUCUGACGGGAGCAGCUGAGGUGACAGCUGAGUGCAGGUCAAACGGUCACAUGGACCUGUUCAUUUGUGUGCUACUGGCGCCCUCUUGCGGUUAAGACCGGUAUUGCAGAUGUGGUCCAGUUGUUUCUGCUGCCUUAUUUGUGUUGAGGACCAAGUGAUGUACAGUAAGGACACAACAUAUGGCCUACAGUUAGUAAUCCUGAUGUGUUUAAAGUUAAAUCUCAGGUCCUAUUAAUAUUUUGGAAAAGACUGUUUACAGCAGUUAUAUAAUUAUACAGAAAUGUAAAACGAUGAAACUGAAAGUUGACUUGUCACAAGUAGGAAAAGUCCAAGUAUGGAAAAUAAAAUUCAUGAUGGAAAUGUGAAAUUCCAGAAGGAAUUAAUUUAUCGUUGUCUUCCACAUUGUCCGGUGUUUAUCGUUGGUCAUGUGCAGUGGUUGAAAACAUAUUCAGGUCCCUUAUUAGGUAAAACAUUCCCAAAAUGUCUUAAGUCGAAAAAAUAGAUGAUGAUUAGUGUGAUCAGCAACAUAUACAGUGUGAAAGUAUAACAUAGUCACUAUCCAGGGAGCAUGGCUACUGUACUCUUUUACAUUAUAACUGUAUAGUAUUGAAUUAAUAUAAAUUAACCAUUAACCUGACAAAAAUAUGAAAUUAUCAAAGUACUCACAUAAAAUUACAAAUUGCUACACACGUGUAACCUCUUUAUUAAAUGUUUUCAGAUACGUUUUUUUUAAAAUAACCACAAGAGAGUGGAACAAUACGUUUGUCAAAUAUAAAAUAUAUAUAUCAUAUUAAUAAUAAUAUAUUUUGAUAAAUGAUGAAAUACUACAUCAGCAUUACAUAUUGUGACAGUCGCUGUUAUUUGUCAAUAUGCUAAUUAAAAAGGACCCCGUGAUAAAUCUCAGUCUACCGCUGUUAUGAAAACAACACUAGCAUAAUGAAAUAGAAUAAAUAAAAAAUAAAAAACUUCAGGCGGAAGUGUAUUGAUUCGCGCUUUUAUUUUGUACGUACGUGCACUUGCGGCACUUCCGGUCUGCAGUUAUCCCCGGUAGCUUGACUGCGCUCGGUCAGAGUCCGGGAGGCUGCGGGAUGAGUUCCGUUCACACACACUGUUGCGCCUUGCACUGAAAAUGGCAGCAGCAUUUAUUUAGUUUCCACUUUUAUUAUAUGAAAAAGGAAAAAAAAUAUAUAUUAAUAAUAACAAAGAAACAAAGUGUCUUUCGGGCUUGUUAUUUUUUUCCUUCAAAUUUCACUCCUUUUUUUGUGCGCAGUGAUUUGAAAAAGACAAACUGUGAAGAAGUUGGACGUCGUUUAACGGAGGGCGACUCGCUGCGAGCUCAGACCAUGGCCACGACUCUAGGCUCGGCCACCGAGGGCCAGGCGCGCAGCGUCGGACCCCAGCGCUGCGCCACCCGGGUGGAGCUGUCCGUCACCGCCACCAGCCUGCUGGACCGGGACGUGGCCUCCAAGUCCGACCCCUUCUGCGUGCUCUUCCACGAGGUGGAGGGGAACUGGGCGGAGCUGGGACGCACCGAAACCGCUGUGAACAACUUGAAUCCCGUGUUCGGAGUGAAGUUUCAGGUGGACUACCACUUCGAGGAGAUCCAGAAGCUCCGCUUCGCCAUGUUCGACGAAGACAAGUGCGCCACGCAGCUCUUCGAACACGACUUCCUGGGAGAAUUCAUUUGUACGCUAGGAGUGAUUGUGUCCAAUAAAAAACUUCACAGACCAUUGAUCUUGGCCAAUGGGAAGCCAGCUGGCAAAGGAUCCAUUACGAUCACGGCUCAGGAGCUGUCUGACAACAGAAUCAUCACUUUGACCCUGAGUGGGCGCAAACUGGAUAAGAAGGACUUCUUCGGGAAGUCCGACCCCUACUUGGAGUUUCACAAACAAGGAGAAGACGGUAAAUGGAUGCUGGUGCACAGGACAGAGGUCAUCAAAAACACUUUAGACCCGGCGUGGAAACCUUUCACCGUGCCUCUCAUUUCCCUCUGCAACGGAGACGUGGACAGAAACAUCAAGGUUCUGUGUUAUGACUACGACAACGACGGAGGCCACGACUUCAUAGGAGAGUUUCAAACGACGGCGUCCAAGAUGAGUGAAGCCCAGAACUCGGUGGAGGUGGAGUUCGACUGCAUCAACCCCAAGAAACAGAAGAAGAAGAAGAACUAUAAGAACUCUGGAAUCAUCAUUGUCAAGUCAUGUAAGAUUACGAGAGACUACACCUUCCUGGAUUACAUACUGGGAGGAUGCCAGCUCAUGUUUACAGUCGGUAUUGACUUCACGGCGUCCAAUGGGAACCCCCGAGAGCCGUCCUCCCUCCACUACAUCAACCCGCUGGGCAGCAACGAGUACCUCGCCGCCAUCCUGGCCGUGGGACAAAUCAUACAGGACUACGACACCGACAAAAUGUUUCCUGCUCUGGGAUUCGGAGCCCAACUCCCACCAGACUGGAAGGUGUCACACGAAUUCGCCAUCAACUUCGACCCCACCAACCCCUUCUGUUCAGGUGUGGAGGGCAUCGCCCAGGCCUACUCCGCCUGCCUGCCUCACAUCCGGUUCUACGGCCCGACGAACUUCGCUCCGAUCAUCAGCCACGUGGCCCGUUUCGCUGCCCAGGCCCUCCAGCAAGAGAAAGCGGCGCAGUACUUCACGCUCCUCAUCAUCACGGACGGCGUCAUCAGCGACAUGGACGAGACGCGCCACGCCAUCGUGCAGGCGUCCAAACUGCCCAUGUCCAUCAUCAUCAUCGGCGUGGGCAACGCCGACUUCGCGGCCAUGGAGUUCCUCGACGGAGACGCCAGUGUUCUGCGGUCCAACUCCGGGGAGGAGGCCGUGCGGGACAUCGUGCAGUUCGUCCCUUUCAGGGAUUUCCGUAAUGCGCCGAAGGAGACUCUCGCCAAGUCGGUUCUGGCCGAGCUGCCUCAGCAGGUCACCCAGUAUUUCAAACAGCGGAACGUGCCGCCCAUCAACCCGGCACCGGAGUGAGACAAGCCCGCGAGGAUGAGGACGAGAAGAAGCCCAUGCGCCGCGCGGUCGCUCAACAAAACCUCUUAAAGUGUGUAUGUCAGCUGUGAACAAAAGUGAGUUGUGGACCAAAAAACAAAACAUCCCUGCCUUUAUAUUUUAGAUAAAAAAAGAUAGCUUGGUCAGUAUCCAGUGUGAAUCCAUCAGAAGUGAUGUUCCCUUGUUUCCAGCUCAGAUCUAUAAUGUGUAAAGGAUCCUGCGAGUCUAAAGUGAGGGCAGGUGUCUCCACGUGAUAAUAUGAAUAUGCACAGUAAGACACAAGCCUUUUGUUUUUUAGGGGGGGGGGGGAAUAUCUGGAUUCAUCAGGAUGUAGUUUGUUUUUUUUUGCAUGUGUGUUUUGUGCCUGAUACCAUGUGAUACAUACAACUAUCUGGUGUAAAGUCCUUUCUAAGCUAAACGGUUAUCAGUGGUCGAAUCCUCCUCCCUGUUGUUGUUAAGGAUCCUCUUUCAGGUAGCAGGUCAUGUUGGAAGUUGGGUUUAUUAUGUGCGGGAGGAGUACUCACAGAUUGAGCCUGAACACAGCACAGUUUCUUCAACUGCAGGGGGAACGGUCUGGAGGCGGGUUUAAAAGCUUCACUGUGUUAAUCUGAAUGAAGAGGACAGGGUCAGUGUCGGCGGCUGUAGCAGUGACACAGGACAGAUGUGAGAUACCCAGCAAACUCAUCUGGCUUGUGAAAUAUGGGGCCAUUAUGCUCGCUUUUUGCAAAAAAAUAUCCUUGUAUUUGCUUCCUCCCCCGCAUGUUGUCAACAUCUACUCUACUGUUUACAAGCGUACGCCGACGAUCGCAUGAUUUUUAUUUCAAAUUAUGUCCGAGAUUUUUGUAAAUAUUUUAUUGAGAUUGCGUGGAAAGUGUGACAUGUCAGAAGUUUAAUGAGCGGAAGUGGAGGAGGACGUUUUCUGAUAUGCAUGUACAGUAUAAUCGAAUGUAUAUUUAUAUGAUGCCGUUUAAUGUGCUGACGAGCCAAUGUUUUUAAAUGUACUUUUUAUGCAGUGCUGAAUAGUGUACUUGAAAAAAAAACGCUACCACGUGUAUUACUGUGCAUCUUUGUAAUAAAUGUGAUAUUCAUUUCAUAAAAGUC